AUGGAGGCCAUUUGUAUUCCUGCUUCUGUCUUGAGCCUUGUCAGCUCCUUAACUGAACUUGUGAGAGCGGUUCAAUAUCUUCGUUGUCGAAUGGACAAUGAGCACGAGAACUAUCUUCGCUCUUUGGGAAAGCUUGAAGAUGUCAUCGACAGGAUUCGUACAAAGCUCCCCAAGGUCAAUGGAGUCAUUCCUAAGGACCUGGGAGAAACCAUCGAUCUCGCCACAAAGAGAGCUAUUGAAGACGUCGGUAGUACUAGGCAGUUGCUUGGCAGGGUUUUGCACGAUACUGGCACAACUUCGUCUAGAGCGGCAACUUGGGGAACUCGUCGGCCAAAUUAUACUAGCAAGACAACUUCUGCGCGAUCGAGAGAGCUCGUACAAGUGUCGCAGGAAACUGCAACUUUCGUUGGUCUUUUAGACACUUUUGAGGGAGCUGAUCACUACGCGCUUGAUCCGCCAUUCUACGAUUUCGGAAACUCUUCCAGGUCCAUCUUCGACGACGUUGAAGCUAUAAAGCCCGGAGGGACGUCGCAGGUGUUUCGAGUUGGAAUCCACCUGAGCCACAUUCCCGACUAUGGGGGAGAAAGCAGAAAAGAAGUCACAUUCGCUGUAAAAACCAUCUACUAUGGAACUCCCAAAGACUACGCACGCGAGCGAGACGCUUAUCAAAGACUGAGUCUUGCACAAAACCCUCAUCCCCACAUCGUACCUCUUCUUGCUUCGUACCGGAUGGAAAGCAAGUACCACCUCGUCUUUCCGUUGGCUGAUUGCGAUCUCGCUAUGUAUUGGCGAAGCGAGCCAAAACCAUCGAAUGACAAGCGCACCCUUGAGUGGUUCGGAAGUCAGAUGAGAGGGCUUGCAGAUGCCUUGUCCACUGUUCAUGGACAAAACAGCCAAGGGAAAGAUUUGUAUGGGGUUCAUGGUGAUAUCAAACCAGAGAAUAUCCUUUGCUUUGGUGCUGAUAAUAAAUGGACAACAUUUGCUCUCGCGGACUUUGGAUCUUCAUACUUCCUUACACCUGAAGAGAAAGAUAUGCCGAAGGGCCUCAAACAUACACCAGUCUACCGCGCCCCCGAACUCGACACGACUGGGGCCAUGACACAGGCCUACGAUAUCUGGAGUCUUGGCUGUGUGUUUACGGAAGCCAUCAUGUGGUUCUGUCACGGCAAAGCUGGCAUCUCGAAGCUAAUCCAAACUCGACUCGAUGACGAAGACAACAGCCCCAAUCGAGAUGCCUUCUUCCGAUUGCGUUACGAUAAGCGAGGUGGCCUCACGGCGAAACUCAAGCCUGAGGUACACAGACUGCUGAUAUCCCUUCGUGAGAGCUGUCAGUCGUCCCUCUUCAUCGAUGACAUGCUCUAUCUCGUCCUGGAAGGGAUGCUCAAAGUCAACAUGAGCGAGAGAAUGUCAGCUCGGGAGAUCUUCGAAGCUUUGACGCAAAUGUGCCUGAAGUUGGAAAGUGACCCAGCUUAUUCUGAACCUCGUGGCACUAACGAUAUGGAAAUGGCUCUCUCUCAUACUACUCCACAUUUCUCGGCAAGGAGUAUUUCGCUAACGACUUUGCGAUUCCAGGUCCACACGAAUCAGAAUGCCAGGCAGCGACUCGACCGAACGGUCGAUGCGACUUAUUACACCAACGUCACAACCCAGAGCGAUGCUGGUACGCAACUCAGUUUGAAGCCGCGCUUUGCAUGCCCCUUUCACAAGGCAGGUAUACUGGUCUCCGUUCACCAUCGAGCUUGUGAAGGUCCAGGGUGGAUUGAUGUCAACAAAGUCAAGGAACAUCUCUUCCGCUGCCACCUUCCAAAGAAGUACAGAGGCAAACAUAUUUGCCGCCGAUGCGACACCAGCUUCGAAACAGACGAGCUCCUCCUGGCUCAUCAACAUCAAGAGGCGCCAUGCCCUAAAAGGAAGCCAGAGGCAAUUUACGGCAUGUUGAGUAGAGAACAAGCUGCUCGACUCCGUUCCCUCAAGAGGAAGUCAUCGAAAGAAAGUGAAGAGGACCGAUGGUUCGAUAUCUACCGGAUCGCAUUUCCGAGCUUCAAUCGGAUGCUGGAGAAUGUCUCACCAUAUCACGAAUCCAACACCACCUCCCUCAGUACCUUAAACUCAACAAGCUCGAACGGAAUAUCUCAGUACAAAGACUAUCUCCGCAACCGUGGUGCCGAAGAGUAUGCCGCCAAAUUAGCGAAAAUGGGCAUCAGCGUCACACUCGAGGCAGCUGCAAAGCUUCUCGAGCUGCAGGUCAAGGACCUUGAGACCUUUGAUGAGACCAUGAGAGAGCCUGUUCGUGCCUACGGAAUUCCAACUGAUGCAGAUCACGAGAAGACCGGAAACAGUGCCCCCUCAGAUCUCAGUGGCUCAUCUGAUCUUUUCGGCCCAAUUAAGCUGCUGGCCAGAUAUGCAGAUGAUGAGGAACAUUGAAAGGGUCGGAUGAUCUCCAGGACUAUGGUUGGGGAUCUCGGCUUCCUUGAUGGUAUGUGGGAAGGUUAUGAGGUGUUUGAUCGUGU